AUGGAUGAGGCGCAGAGUGCGAGCAGCUUCUACGGGAGCCUCUUCCCAAGAACGCGCCGGGGCCCUUCUCUACCACCGAUCUAUGCAGCGGCGGGCGGCCGAAGCGAAGCGGCCAAGACGGCAGAUGCCAGGCCUGCUGCUUUUGACGACCUGCUGACAGAAGUGGUUCAGAGUCCAGUCGUCGAGGCUUCGAUCGGCGGCCUCCUUCUCUCAGCUGCUGGACGUUUUGCAGGACACCCGCACCAUGAGCAUCAUGAUGUUGUGACAGGCUGCAUCGAUAAGCUGCAGCCUGGGUGCACGAAGACCGCGGCUGCCUAA